UUACUGACGUCUGCCAAAUGAACAGCCUGGUAGCGGAACAUACCGUUUUGCGCUUCACGGAAAAGAAUAUCGCGGAUGUCGCUGGAUAGUAGGAUUUACUUUUGAAGUUUGUCAGUUUACAUCUACCUCUGACCAUGCCGUUGAACGUGCACAAGAAUUGCUCUCAUAAGUUCAGAAACUAUCGAACAAAUGUGAUGAAGUAAUACCUCCCCAUUCAGUUUCCUACAAGACGAUACGGCACUUUUGUGAGGACGGGGACAGGUGACUCCCGCGCAGUCAACGUGUCCUGUCACCUCUGCACCGACGCUAUGACAUGACCUCAACCAAUUCGUCCUUAAUAAUGGAAUGCAUUUCUUAACUUGAACUUUGUGACACGUUUGUUCCAUGAUGAAACUUAUCACGUUACUUUGCGUCCUUCUGGGAUUGUGGAGGAGUGUAUUCACCAACAGGAACUGCCCGGACCUGAUUAUUGACAGCUGUCACUGCACUUCGGAAAGGUCUAAAGAACUAAGCAGGCAAAACGUACGCGUUAAAGUCGUGUGCAAUGACGCCGACUUGCUCGAUACUCUGCAGCCCAGCUUCCUUCCCAAUACUACGGUUUCCCUGAUUCUUAGCCACAACAAGAUCUCCCUCCUGAAAAAUGGCUCCUUCUUUGGGCUAGCCGCUUUGGAGAAGCUAGACCUGAGGAAUAAUUUAAUUAGCCGGCUGGAGCCAGGGGCUUUCCGUGGGCUGGCAGCACUGAAGAGACUGGAUCUGUCCAACAACAGGAUUGGCUGUCUCUCCCCUGAAAUGUUUCUUGGCCUUGGCAAUCUCACCAAAUUAAACCUCUCUGGGAAUAUUUUCUCCACGCUGCCAGACGGACUCUUCGCCCACCUGCUGUCCCUCAGGGCUCUGCAUUUCAGCACAGACUCUGUUUUGCAUUGCCAGCUGGGAGGGGUUAGGUUGUGGGCACGCCCAGGUCCGGUGGCAUCGGGCACGACAUCGCCAGGUGUGUUUCCCACGCACCUCCAGGGCAUGGAGGUCCGCAGCCUGCCUCCCCAACAACUCACCUGCGACGGUCCUCUGGAGCUGCCCCUGUUCCAGCUGAUCCCGUCCCAGACGCAGGUGGUAUUCCGCGGGGACCGGCUGCCGCUGCAGUGCACCGUGUCCUACCUGGAGCCCUCACUCUCCGUCACCUGGAGCCACAACCAGCAGCCUGUACUCACACAGGAGGACCGCGGCGUCUACGUGGAGGAGCCUGUGGUCCAUGACUGCUGCCUGGUCACCAGGUGGCCUAAAACCCUGGCAGGGAUCAUAGUUACCCUGCAUUGUGCUGCUCCCAAGAAGACCGCGUGGCGCCGGUGCGACCGCUCCGGGCGCUGGGCAGAGGAGGACUACACCCAGUGCCCCUACGCCAGCGAGGUCACACGGGCCCUCCACCAGCUCACCAAGAUGGCAGUGAACAACAGCAAUGCCCUCACCCUGGCCCAGCAGUUGGCCUCCUUCACCAGCAGGGCGGCGCACUUUGGCGACGUGAUGGACGUGAUCUUCGUCACGCACCUGGUGGAGAGGAUCACUCGACUGGUGGGCCGAAUCCGGGAGCUGGCGGAUUUGGUGUGGGACAUUGCCAGUAACAUGAUGCUGGUGGAGGAGCACAUCCUGUGGAUGGCCCAGACCGAGGCCAGGGCCUGCACGCGUAUCGUCCAGUGCGUGGAGCACGUUGCCGAGCUGGCCCUCAACUCCUACACGCCACUGAUAUCCAAGGUCUCCCCCAACAUAGCUCUGGAAGCGUUCCUGGUCAAGCGCUCCAAUCUGAUUGGCCUGUCCUGCGUGGCGGUGCAGCGCUCGCGGCCCGCCGCUCCCCCCGUGGGCCCUGCCGCCCGCGACGCGGCCGAGUUGGCCGACACUCUGCUGAACUUUAAAUGUCAGCCCAUCAACACGAGCAGCUCACCUGCCGGGCAGCUCAGCAAGAACACAGUGGCUGUCGCGUCAAUCCAUUUACCGCUGGCUGCUGCUGCUGCUGCCGCCCCUAGCACAUCUGCGUUGCAAUCUGUUGAUAACUCCACUUGCAAGCUGCAGUUUAUUGUCUUUCGCAAUGGGAAACUCUUUCCUUGCACAGGGAAUUCGUCGAACCUCGCCGAUGAUGGGAAACGUAGGAGUGUUGCAACACCAGUUGCUUUCACCAAAUUAGAUGGCUGCAGCUUGGGGAGCGCCGUGCAGCCCGUCACCAUCGCUCUCAGGCACUUGGCUCUGGGUGUAGACCCUACCGCUGCUUACUGGGACUUUGACCUGCUCGAUGGACACGGCGGCUGGAGAGCAGAGGGGUGCAACAUAACGGGCUCGGUGGGCAACACGACUACCAUUUACUGCACUCAUCACAAGAACUUUGCAGUUCUAAUGGAUCUGAAGAAGGCGCUGUCCCUCCCUCUGUACCCGGGGGAGUUUCUGCAUCCAGUCGUGUACGCCUGCACGGCAGUGAUGUUGCUCUGCCUCUUCGCCUCCAUCAUCACCUACAUAGUGCAUCACAGCGCCAUCCGCAUUAGCCGGAAAGGAUGGCACAUGCUCCUGAACUUCUGCUUCCACACGGCAUUGACCUUCGCUGUGUUCGCCGGUGGCAUCAACCGGAUCAAGUACCCCAUGAUAUGCCAGGCAGUUGGUGUGGUGUUGCACUACUCCUCUCUCUCUACCAUGCUGUGGCUUGGCGUCACAGCCAGGAACAUCUACAAGCAAGUGACCAAAAAGCCCACGCAGCCUCAGGAUGGAGACGCCCCGACGCACCAGCCGAAAUCACCUAUGCUGAGGUUUUACCUAGUGAGUGGUGGGAUCCCUUUCAUUAUCUGUGGAAUUACUGCAGCCACUAAUAUUGAAAAUUACGGAAGUGGAGAGCUAACACCAUACUGCUGGAUGGCAUGGGAGCCUAGCCUGGGGGCCUUCUAUGGGCCGGUAGCCUUCAUCGCCCUGGUGACGUGCAUCUACUUCCUGGGCACCUUCAUCCAGCUGCGCCGGCACCCGGAGCGCAAGUACGAGCUGAAGGCAUCCAGCGAAGAGCACCAACGGCUAGCCUCAGGUGAUCUGCCGCCCCACUGCCACCAGGGGCCUGAGCAGGGGGCCCCACCGGCAUCUGCCGAGGUGGGCCGGGUCCACUGCGCAGGCGGCUGCGGCGUCAACCCGGCGCUGCUGGCCAACGAGCACUCGUUCAGCGCCCAGCUGAGCACGGCGGCCUUCACCCUCUUCCUGUUCCUGGCCACGUGGACGUUCGGCGCGCUGGCCGUCACUAUGGGCCACUUCCUGGACAUGAUCUUCAGCUGCCUGUAUGGGGCCUUCUCCGUCACCCUGGGCCUGUUCGUGCUCAUCCACCACUGCGCCAAGCGCGACGACGUCUGGCACUGCUGGUGCUCCUGCUGUCCAGGCAGGCGAGGUGGUGGCCCGCGCCACGGUGGACACGGCGGCUGUUCGGGCCACGGCCACGGUCACGCACACGGCCCUGCGCACCACCACCACCACCACCAUGGCCGGCUGAAGCAGCUGAACGUGAACGGGGACUCGUUGGCACACGGUGGGCCGCUGCUGCACUGCGGCCACCUGGACACGCAGUGCCCGGGGGUGGUAGGCGGCAAGGGCCUGCUGGGCGUGCACACGCGCGCGCCCUGCAAGCUGGGCGGCCUGCCCUCGCCCAACCCGGCCGCGGCCACGCACGUGGGACCGCCGUGCUGCACCGGGCUGCACUCGCAGCAGCUGCUGCCGGACGAGGACGCGGACGGCGAGGACGAGCCCACGGCGGCGCACGUGCUGCUCCACGCCGACCCCGAGGGCUACCGGCCGGCCAUCCACCUGCACCGCUGCCUGAAGGGAGGCCCGGGCAGUACCGGCGGCAGCGUCAGGACUAAAGGCCGACGCCUGAGUCGGCAGCGCGUGGGCGGUGGGAGCGAGCGAGAGUUCGCCUUCCACCUGCCCGCGGACUGUGGUGGCGGUAGUGGACACAGUUCGCGUGCCAACAGCCCGCACAGCAUGCUGGACGCCGGGCAUCACCACCACCACCACCACCCCGGCGGCGGCGGCGGCGGGCACCACCUGUGCCACGUGGGCGCACACGAGCACGACCUGGGCUACGACGACCCCCACCACCACCACCACCUCCACCACCACCACCACGCCGCCGGCGGCUGCCACGAGGGGCCCCACCACAGCUGCCACGCCGCCCUGUGCCACGCCCGGCACGCCUGCUGCGCCAAGGCCGAGCUCUUCCCCGCGCUGUGCCCGCCCGAACUGGUGGGCGACGCCGGGGCCUUCCUGUGCGGCUGCGGCAAGAUGGCGCCGGCGGCGGCCGACGAGGAGCUGGGCAUGGGUGGCCACCUGGAGAUGCGGCCGCGCAGACAGUCGCUGCUGCAGAACCCCUCGCCCAGUCAGAAUGGCAUCCUCAAAAGCAGCACGCCCGAGAACGUCCUCUACCCGCUGGACAGCACGGGGAAUAUACGCACCGGCCCCUGGAAGAACGAGACUACUGUGUAGUUCAAGGGCUCUUUUUUGCCUAAAAAGAAAAAAGAAAUAAAAAAACUGACGCAGUUGAGAAAAAGGCCCCCACCACCUCCUUUGCCCUGUCCCCUUAGGAAACCAUAUAACUUGGAAACCAUCUGAGGGAUUUGUUUUUGUUUGUUUGUUUUGGUCAUUCAGUUUUUUUUUUUGUUACUGUUCUCCCUUCACGUUUUGGAUAGUCUUUCAUGGGCCGUUGUACAGGUUAAUCAAACUUACUGAACUACUGGAUUCGCAGCCUCCACAGGGUUGACUGUGCACACGUCAGUGUUUGGAGUCAUGGUUAUUACACUACCUUCAUUUGGAGGUACAGGUGUGUGUUUUCACCUCACAGUGUGUGUAUCUAUGUGUGUAAGAGAGAUGUAGAAAGAGAGAGAGAGGGAGAGAGUGUGUGUGUGUGUGUGUGUGUGUGUGUGUGUGUGUGUAUGGAUACUUUAGUGUGUGUCUUCAUGCAUUUCAGCUCUAGUUGAUAUUUAAUGAGUUUAUUUUCACUCUCUAACUUAUUGACAAAGGAGCCACUGACUCCAUCCUUGGGUCUGAUGAUUUGAGCUUAGUACCUAGAGACUAUAAAGUGACCCUGUUUCUAAGAGACCAACUCACCAGCAGUUUCAAGUGAUUCAUAUUUUCAUGAUUUAAAUAAAAAAAAUGCUAUAUACUGUGAAUAGCAACUAGAGAACACCUGCAGAUGGCUUACAAAACAACAGAUCGACUCCUGUCCGCUUUUUGUUGUCCACUUGUCUGUGGUGUGCCGAAAAAGUGCAAAACAAAGAGUCCACUUUAGACCACUUUAGGUCAUUCCUCUACAGUGUUUGGAAUCUAUGAUGUCUCUAUGGUGUCUUAACUGUACUGUGCAAUGACAACAUAUCCAUUGUGCUAACCUCUGGUGCUAGAAGGACAGUUGUACACCUCUGUGUCCUUGUGGGUGAACCACAGCUGUAGCAAGACCGAGUCAGUUAGACAUCACCCAGUCACUUGCUUAUUGAGUUAGGAAAAAAACAAGAAAAUGCUACUUAGUACAGUCACCCAUUCAAAUCUGUCUUUCAGCAGGGAUUGUUGAGGAAAUGACUUGAUUGAGCAAAGUGUUUUUUUUUUUUUACUUUGUUCAUUCAUUUGUUUGUUUGAUUUUAAGACCAUGCGUGUGUUCACCCAAUAUGUUUCAAUGUACAAUGCAAAGAACAGGCAUCACUAAUUCCCAUCUUGACCUAGUCCUCAGCAUUACCGCCAGAUUUUAUAUUUCAUGUUGCACAUAUUCCAGCUCACCCUCUUGUUUCAGACAGAGAGGCAUCCUCUUUGUCAGAAGUGUGGUGGUUAAGAGCAUAUGAGUACUUUCGAUGCCAUUCAGUCUGAAAAUGACCCACACAAGGGGUAUUACUUGUUAGCAUCUCACUCUUGUAAAGGCACCACUUAGUGACUCAUGAACGACAGAGUGACAGGCAACAUUGGGUGGGAUGUGUCACGAAAGCACUUGGUCAUAUGUUGUUUACUUCAGUGUUGUGGAAUGAAGAUACUUGUGUGUGUGUAUGUGUCGAGGGUGUGUGUGUCAAGGGAUAAGUGUGCAAAUAUAUGCCAAGAGGAGGAUUAGUCACAUUUCCUCUCUGUUAACAUGCUCCAUCAAGCAUCAGCUCUCCCCGUCACGUGAGAAGCAUUGAUCCUAACAGCCCUGUCUUUUGUAACAACACUUAAAUCUAUUAGCUAACACGGGUGUAGAGUGAGAGAUAUGAGAAAGGGAAAGUCUGGGCCCGUUAAAUGAUAAUACUCAGUAUCUGAGUUGAGGAAAUAUUAUUAAUAUUAUUGUUAUUAUUAUUAUUUUUAUUAAUGUUAUUUUUAAUUGAGUUGUUCCAUGUCGCUCCCCGUUUGUGAAAAUGCAAAACACUGUGAGAUGUUUAGCACAUAUUGGCAUAAUGUCACAUAGAUUACGCUGUUACACAGAUUCCCCUUAGUUCAAUGAUCAUAUCUAUGAUGAGGUCCAAGCAGAGGCCGAGUCAAAAUUUAUCUGGUUUGUAACUGUCUGACUUCACCUUGUGCUACAGUGGCUGUGAGUUAUUAUGGCCUGCAUUUGGCCUUGUCACCAUGGGAACCACGAUAUUCUGGCAACCUCAUGAUUCAGUUUCCUAGACUGAAGCGUGUUAUUUUACAUUGCAAAUGGAAGUCUGUUUUGUGGAGUUACACAUAUGGAAGUCUGUGGUUAAUUGAUGACAAUUCAACCUUGAGGGAACCUUGAACAUUUAAGCCUCAAAUUGGGUUACAGAAAUAAAAAGGGCAUACCACCAGUGAGACGAA